GCGAUUCGAUCUCCAUAUACGAUACAAAACGAAAAAAAGGAUUUAAAAUUCAUAUAACCAUUAGGUAUUCAACCUAGUUUCCUCAUCCUUUCAAAAAAUUUUUAUGGAAGAAUCGAAAAAUUCGCAUUCUACAUAUGUCGCAGUAUUUUGUCAUACCUACACAUCUCGAAUUCUUCCCUAUCGAGUUCGCUUUCUGUGUUAAUGAAACGAACGCUAUGUAAAUUAUUGGUUCGACUCGAAUAAAUUUGCAUCAUUUAAUUAUGCAUCGAUGAGAAGUGAUAGUGAAGAUGAGAGAAAAAAUUGUACAGUUCGGAGCAUCCUCUCGUUCGCAGAUCGCUUUAUAAACGGCCGAUUGUUCGUCAUUUGUAUCAUUCAACCACGGUCCUUCUAACGGAGCAAACAUGUGUAGUGCUUUGAAAAUAUUGGUUUGUGUUGCCCUGGUUUUCACCUCAACCGUGACAUCAAACGAGAGGAAGAAAAGAUCUGGCUUCCUCAAUUUGGGCCCAGCUCAGUAUCAGCCUAACUGGGCACUUCGUUCGAACGCCAAUGAAAGAAUCGUUCCUCUUUACGAUGUACUCAGAGUGAACCUAAACGAAGCAGAAAACCUAGCUAGCCCAGUCGGCAAUGUUGCUGAGUCUACAGGAGAACAAACAUCUAUCCUGAAUUAUGCCAAUCCUAGUUAUCAGCAAGAGGAAGAUUCCAACAGGCAGUACUCGACUGAAAGGAGUAUACAGAAUGAACAAGGAGAAAACGUAUAUUCAGGAUUGAACGAAUACAGACCUGUCAACGGGCAAAGACAACCAAAGUUUUCAAACCUUAUAAGGAACGGCCAAGUUUAUUUGGUUUCAAACGAGCCAGAUCAACGACUAAACAGUCCAUCGUAUGGUACCAUAAACAAAGGUCUUCAGAAUCCUCAGCGAAGUGGAGCUUUAAACUCACAAAAUAGUGCAUUACUUGGCGAGAAUCCAUCAACCAAUGUUGCUCAAGAUCUUUCGACUAAAAUAGGCAUUUUGGGAGCUAGAAACCCUCUAUCUUCAGCACAAAUCGGCCAGCUUCAUAAUGGAUACAGCUCACAACUCUUGAGAACUGAUGGUUUGAGACAGAUUCCAGGUAGUUAUGCUCAAGGCGAAGCCAUAAGUGGUAAUCUGGAAGGAAGACGAUACCAAAUCAACCGUUUACCUCUUUCUUCCAACCAACUUCCACUCAGGGAACAACCUAUCGCUAGGAAUAUCCAGAAGAAUGGUUUGACAUCAUCAAGAAACAAUGUUGGCGAUGGAGAAUCUUGGUUACGAGCAGUCCAAGGUGGUAACAAUGGGCAAAGAGCUGUUGAAGCAGGAUCAAACCCAUGGAGGAGACCAGCAAUAAGGAAUGAGCAAUCAUCCAAUGUCCAAUCGUCCCAACAGGGUGAUGGUAAUGGAGACAAUUUGAGCCAGGGACAGAACGCAUACGGCUACAGUGAAUUGAGCGCGAAAAUCCUGAAUGUGAUCCGAUCGAAUCCAUCCAUGAUGUCUAACUUGGGACAACUGCUGGGUAAACAAGACUCUGGAAACCAGCAAGUGAGGCAGCUCAAGCAACUCCUUCAAGAAGUUGGCAAGAUUAACGGAAACACAGCAAUUAAUGGAAGAGGUAACGACCAAAGCUCACUUUUGAAGAAUCUCUUCGAUAUCAUGGUUCAGAACGGAAUAAGUCCAGUGUCGUACCACGGAGUCCAAAGGUGGAGAUUCUAAACAAGUGAAAAGAGGAGUUUUUUUGUUUUUGUUGUACUUUACAUUUUUGUUGCUUUUGAUUCGAUUAUGAAUAAUUGUUGAUUGCAUAUUGAUCGAAAAAUAAAUAUCUAUUGCUUGUUUA